AUGCUCGGCUGUGCGUUAUUGAGGGAAGACAAGGAAGCUUUCGCUAUCGUUCGUGUAUCUUCUGAUGAAGUCCGCGAUCUUGAUUUUGCUAAUGAUGCUACUAGGGUGCUAUCCUCAAUGGCUCAUAAAAUUGAGCAUGGUGAAUUGACCCACGCUCAUAAGAAAUCCUUAGUGUCAUUGUUGGGGGAAAUCAUCUUCUUUCUUAUCGAUGUGCCAAAUACGGCUGAUGACCCUCUGCAAUAUGAUGUCGGAAGUGAUUUGCCUUCUAGAGCUAGGCAAAAAUUGCUUCGAGAGCAGGAAAUAAUUGAUCAGGUAGGUCAAGAUUACGCCUUUUAA